CAGAAUAUCAAAUUUCGGAUUCACAUCUCUCUCCCUCCGACGCGUAUUGAUUUAGGGUUUCAGGUUUCUGCUUUGAAUCGCGAUAAAAGCAUGGCGGGUGCUGGAAUCCACCCUUAUCACAAUCAGUGGCCGCCGGCACCAGUUCCUCCUCCCGCUACAGCCACAUCAGCUGCCGCUCCUCUUCCGCCGCCUCCUGUCCACCAUCCUCCAUUUUCUACUCACGAUGAGGUUCGAACCAUCUUCAUUACUGGUCUUCCUGAAGAUGUCAAAGAGAGGGAGUUGCAAAAUUUAAUGAGGUGGUUUCCAGGUUUUGAAGCUUCGCAAGUGAACUAUAAGGGUGAAAAGCUGAUGGGUUUUGCUCUCUUUUCAACUGCACAACUUGCAGUUGCUGCCAAGGAUGCUCUUCAGGAUAUGAUUUUUGAUGCCGAGUCAAAGUCUGUAUUGCACAUAGAGAUGGCCAAGAAGAAUCUAUUUGUUAAAAGAGGAAUUGUAGCAGAUUCUAAUUCAUAUGAUCAGAGUAAGCGUUUGCGCACUGGUGGUGAUUAUUCACACAGUGCUUAUACAACACCGACUCCAUUUCACCCUCCUCCGGUCCCUGUCUGGGGACCUCAUGGGUAUUUAGCUCCAACUCCUCCAUAUGAUCCGUAUGGAGGCUAUCCUGUUCCACCAGUCCCAAUGCCUACCCCUACUCCUGCACCAGCUCCUAGCAGUUAUGUGCCUGUUCAGAAUACCAAAGAUAACCCUCCUUGCAAUACUUUAUUUAUUGGCAAUCUUGGAGAGAACAUCAAUGAGGAAGAACUACGGGGCCUAUUUAGCGCUCAACCUGGUUUUAAGCAAAUGAAGAUCUUGAGACAAGAAAGGCAUACCGUUUGCUUUAUAGAGUUUGAAGAUUUGAAUUCUGCAAGCAAUGUGCACCACAGUUUACAGGGUGCUGUGAUCCCUAGUUCUGGUUCUGUUGGCAUGCGAAUACAAUAUUCCAAGAAUCCCUUCGGCAGAAGGAAGGACUCCAAUUAUUCAGUUGCUUCACCUAGUGCAAAUGGGGCUCCGCCGGCUCUGACUUACCAGUAGCUGAGGGGAUAUUCUUUGUUUUCUAUCCUCCAACAUAUACAACUGCUACAUGCUAGGAUGUAUAUUGCAUGCACCCAUUUCAUUGUCAACAUCAGCAUUAUCAUCGCUUGUCAUGUGUUUGAAUGCACAUAGUGAUAUCAUGAGCGUACCGUUUGCUCAUGUUUCUAUCAAUUUACCUGAAACAUGCAUGUGUCUGCAGCAUUUGUUACGAUGGGUUAACUUUAUAGGGUGUCGGAUAACAUUAAUAUUCUGUUGAAGUAGCACAUUAUCCACUGGUUUGGCUGAUUUGUGUGCUGUACCGCCUCAUAUUGACCAUUGACCAUGCCAUGAUACUGGAUUACUGAUGCUCAA